GGUCAAAACAGUGUACGCCAACCAAUAGAAACCGUCUCCGUCCGACCCGUUGCUUCCGGGUGUCUUCAAUGAAUAAAUCCUUUUGCAUCUGAUGCUUUUUUGUAUACACUAAAGAAAGCUAAAAGCUAAGGUGGUCAAUACACGUUUGGGGAAUGAACAGAAUAUUUGGACGCGGAAAGCCGACGGCGCCUUCCCCGAACCUGUCGGACUGCAUCGGCAACGUUGAUGCCAGAUCAGAGUCCAUAGAAAAGAAGAUUGGCAGACUAGACUCUGAACUUGUGAAGUACAAGGAUCAGAUGAAGAAGAUGAGAGAUGGGCCCUCGAAGAACAUGGUGAAACAGAAGGCAAUGAGAGUCCUGAAGCAAAAGAGAAUGUAUGAAGGUCAAAGAGAACAGCUGGCUCAGCAGUCUUUUAACAUGGAGCAGGCAAACUACACAAUCCAGACAUUAAAGGACACCAAAACGACAGUUGAGGCCAUGAAGAUCGGUGCAAAGGAAAUGAAAAGGGCUUACAAGGACGUCAAAGUUGAUCAGAUUGACGAUUUACAGGACCAACUGGAGGACAUGAUGGAGGACGCCAGUGAGGUGCAGGAGGCCUUGAGCCGCAGCUACGGCACGCCAGAGAUAGACGAGGAUGAUCUUGAAGCAGAGCUGGACGCUCUGGGUGAUGAGCUGCUGUUGGACGAUGACAGCUCGUACCUGGAUGAGGCCUCAGAUGCCCCGUCCAUCCCUGAGGGAAUCCCCAGUGACAGCAAGACAAACAAGGAUGGCGUUUUGGUGGAUGAGUUUGGCCUGCCGCGGAUUCCUGCCUCAUAAACAAGGAAUGGAUUGAAACAACUGCACUUCAACUGAAAACACUUUUGACCUGAGAACACUACGAUUUUGAAGCCGUGCUGGUGUUGGGUUGUGUACUGUUACCACUACUGUGCUAGCAUGUGGCCUUGUAACAUACUGAACCUUUUUUUAAAACACUAUUCUCCUUUCCUCUCUUUUGUCCUCCACUCGUCGGUCUUGUCCAUCACCAGUAUUACUAAGAUUACUAAGUUCAUUUUUAUUUGUCUUACUUGUGUUCUAGUGUUAUGUGUUGUUCAGUCAUUUUGUGGACAUGAUUCCUAUGUCUGCAAGUUAUUUAAAAACAUGCAAAAUAAAUUAUGUGGUUUAAUUUAA